AUGUUCAAGGAGGCCCAGGACCUCUGGAAAUCUGUACCGUUUAUGAAGUGGGAAGUUAUCAGAGAGUUACUCGUCAUGCUCAGCGAAUUCGACUUCAAGUGGGUGCCUCCUCCAGCCCAGGGCCUGUUGGAAACUCUGUUUAAGGCCUGGGGGACGAGCCUUGCGAACGAGCUGGGGUUCCGUGAUUUGCGUGCUCGGGCGAAACAGGCAGAGAACCACAUUUUCGCCCCGGCGACCUCGUGGUUCACCUUGGCCGAGAGCGACCUCAUGGAUCGGUUCGGGCGUCCGCACACUCGGCCCCGCGACUGCCCCAAGUCGGAGGCUUCGCCGUUGCCGACCAACAUCCACGAUGGCGUGGCCGGCCAACCAUCUGUACCACGAGAGCGUUUGACAGCCAUUCAACAAUCCAAGGGUUGGACUAGUUUCUCUGGUCUGAGCAAGAACUACAUCCCAGCUGCGUGGAACUUGCUCCUGAGGGCGUCGGAGUCGGACAGCUGGGGCCACCUUGUCACUGCAUGGCACGCUUUGCUUGCGAACCCAGGGGGCGUCGUGAUGCCGAAAGGGGCUGCGAAUGGGUCUCUGGUGCUGAGGCGGUCGCGCUUCGGCUUCUUCGGGUGGCCGUGCAAGUGCACCAAGCUCACAACCCGCUUCAGGGCGGAGCUGCGCCUCGGCAUGGAGGACAAACCGUCCUGGCAGACCCUGACGGACUACAAGCUUUGGGUAUCAUUGUCUUUGCAUGUGAUGCCUCCAGUAGUUUCGCUGCUUAGCGGGGGCCCUUCCAAAGUCCAGCUCGGGGGUGCGGACGAGGCGCCCCUCCACGUGAGGUGUGCAAAGCUCGGUUUCGCAGGGUUCCCGAAUGGUUAUCUGAAUCGGUUGAUGAAGGGUUUUGGCGACCCCGUGUCUCGGCAGUUGCCGAAGACGCCGAUCGAAAAGGUUCUCUGGGUCAUCAAGCAGAUUCUUCCGAAGGCCUCGUCGGAAGACAUCGCGUCGUACCUAGAGAACCGGAAGGAACAGGUAGGCCCUCAGAGUCUCGCCAAAGAUCACGCUGACUUGCUGGACGCCCUUGUGGGCCCGAGCGAGAAGAAGGACUACGCAGAUGAGCGCAAGAGGGCCACGGAGCAGGCCGAACGCAAGGAGGCGUUCGACGAAUCGUUUAGAGGCGGUUCCAAGUUCCUGGAGUCGCUGGGAGGCAAGGCGCCCCCAGUCGUCAAGGUGGCGAAGCUAACGGGGAGCAAGGCAGGAGUGAAGUUAGCCAUCAAUUGGGAUAAAAUCAAGGCUCUCGCACCCUUGCGGAAGAAACUGCUUCCUGAUGUGAAGGGAUGCAGGCUAGACUACAUCGAGAAACGGAAGCAGUGGGUCGCCUUCUACCCAGGGGCCGUGCCAGGAUCACACCAUAAAACGGUUGGCAAGUUUUCUUCGACAUUGUGCAUGAAAGCUUGCUUGAGGUGGGCAUGGAGGCAGCGCAAAUCUAAGACCAAGGAGGCGUGCCCGCGCGACUUUUCCUGA